CCAAUGCCUGUCUGCGGGUGAGGAAGGAGAGAGGAAAGGAGGAGGGACCCUCAUUCGGAUUCCUGCCGCUUCCCCGCGGCUUCCUUCGGCGGGACUUGCGCCUUUUGUGCCGCUCGCUCUCUGCCUGGGAUGACUCACGGCGCCCCUCCCUCGCCCUGCUGCUGCCGCUAAAGGGGGAAUCCCUGCAGCUGUGUCUCUGUGGCGAGGAGGGCAGUGGGAGCCCAUUCCCCCUCUGAGAGAAGGAAGGCAGUGGGGAAAGAGACACGAAUGCCAGCGGAAGACCCCCAAAGCGCACCAUGGAGCGGGGGCCACUAGGCGGCGCUAGAGAGAGACUCCAAGACUCUGCCCGGAUCCUGGGACUCCUGAUAGAUCUGCUUCGGCUUCAGCAGCAAUUGCAGCCUCCUCUUCUUCCUCCUCGUUUCUACAUCUCUUGAAUUCUCUCGCCUUCCCUCCGCUGAUAAUACCUGCUUUGGCCGGGAAAGAGAUCCGAGUAGGGAAGUUUCUAAGGCAGCCUUGGAUCCAAGCGAAAGUGAAGCCGCCUGGAUCUUAAAGGAGAAAGAGAAGAGGAGUGACUCCAGAAAGACAUUCAUUCUCUCGGCGCCGGUGGGAAAAGGGACUCCACAAUCUCAGCGCCGUCGGGUCUUGGCACCACGUUGGAGGACUUCUGCUACUCCAGCUGUAGCCAUCUCUGCCCCCGACCCAGCCUUGGGCAUCUUCCAGAGCUCUCCAAGCCAUCCAUGCAAAGAGAACAUCCCUGGUAAGUCAACCAAAGGAGCUCCCAACCAGCAGAACCAUCCCAUAGUCAUUUGCCCAAGCCAACUGCCUGCCUGCCUGCCUUCUGCACCAUCCUCCUGAACAAACAUCCAAUGUUUUGGGUCCAGUUUUUCGUCCCUUUUGGCAUUGGACCAAUGUGCAGAAAAGGCAACAGGGAUCGGCACUCCAGUGGCACAACUCGCUCCCCAUUGGUGCCUCUCUCGCCCUUUUAAGACAGCAGUGUGUGCCACCAACCCUUGAGGGAACUCUCUCCAUCCAUCUACAAACCCAUUUAUGGGAAGAGGACCUUCCAACCUUUUAAGCCACAGCAGUGUGUGCCACCAACCCAGCCUUGUCCAUUUUAAGGGAAGCUUCUCUCCAUCGCUCUAUAAACCCACUUAUGGGAAGAAGACACUCUUCGUAAGUCAACCUGAGGACCUUCCAACCUUUUAAGCCACAGCAGUGUGUGCCACCAACCCAGCCUUGUCCAUUUUAAGGGAAGCCUCUCUCCAUAGCUCUACAAACCCACUUAUGGGAAGAAGACACUCUUCGUAAGUCAACCUGAGGACCUUCCAACCAUAUAAGCCGCAGCAGUGUGUGCCACCAACCCAGCCUUGUCCAUUCUCUCUCCAUUGCUCUGAAAAUCCACUUAUGAGAAGAGGACACUCUUCAUAAGUCAACCUGAGGAUCUUCCAACCGUUUAAACUGCAGCAGUGUGUGCCACCAACCCAGCCUUAGGCAUUUUGAGGGAACUCUCUCCAUUGCUCUACAAACCCACUUAUGAGAAGAGGACUCUUCUUAAGUCAACCUGAGGAUCUUCCAACCUUUUAAGCCACAGCAGUGUGUGCCACCAACUCAGCCUUGGCCAUUUUGAGGGAAGCCUCUCGCCAUCACUCUACAAAUCCACUUAUGGGAAGAGGGCACUCUUCAUAAGUCAACCUGAGGACCUUCCAGGCAACACACCGUCGAGCAGAAGGGAGUCAUUUGCUUCUGUGCCAGUCUCCUGGGAGGAGAGAAGGGACACAAACAUCUGACCAUCUGGGUCCAGUGUGUGCCAUCUGGCAUGAGCCCAAUGCGCAGAAAAGGCAACCAGCACCUACUGUCGAGUGGCACAGCAAUCUCGCUGUGAACGAGUCCCCUUUGUGUCUCUCUUCUUGACAUCAGGAGAUAGCCAAUAUUUCUUUCUUGGCCUGCCAUCAAUUCCUGAACAUGCAUUAGCCCCUUCCCCAGAAGAAAAAGGACUGCAGUGAGGUGACGUCAGUUUCUGUAUCUGAACCCAGAGAAAGUGGUUGCCUGGUCUAGUUCUUGCUCCGGCACAACCUCAGAAGAACCUACUCAAGGUCCUUCUUCUUAUACCAAGGAUGUCGGUGGUGCGGAGGAAGUUUGGAGAUGACUACCAGGCUGUGGCAGCCUCCUCUUCCCGGAGGAAAAGGCAGCGCUUUGUGGAUAAGAAUGGCCGCUGCAAUGUCCAGCAUGGCAACCUGGGCAGUGAGAAUAGCCGCUACAUCUCUGACCUUUUCACCACCCUGGUGGACCUCAAGUGGCGCUGGAACCUCCUCAUCUUCCUGCUGACCUACACAGUUGCUUGGUUGGUCAUGGCCUCCAUGUGGUGGGGGAUUGCUUACAUGCGGGGGGACCUGGAGAUCCACCACGGCCACACCUCUGGGCACAACCCCUGUGUGGCCAAUGUCUACAACUUCCCCUCUGCCUUCCUCUUCUUCAUCGAGACAGAAGCCACCAUCGGUUAUGGGCACCGAUACAUCACCGAACGCUGUCCCGAGGGCAUUGUGCUGUUCCUCUUCCAGUCUCUUCUGGGCUCAGUGGUGGAUGCCUUCCUGAUCGGGUGCAUGUUCAUCAAGAUGUCCCAGCCCAAGAAGCGAGCCGAGACCCUCAUGUUUAGCCGGGCUGCUGUCAUCUCUCAGCGUGAUGGGAAGCUCUGCCUCAUGUUCCGGGUGGGCAACCUGCGCAACAGCCACAUGGUCUCAGCCCAGAUCCGCUGCAAACUCAUUAAGUCAAGACAGACACCAGAAGGUGAAUUCCUGCCCCUCGACCAAUGUGAACUCGAUGUUGGAUUCGGAACCGGGGCCGACCAACUGUUCCUUGUCUCUCCUCUAACCAUCUGCCAUGAAAUUGAUGACAAGAGUCCUUUCUUCGCCCUCUCUCAAAGAUCUCUAAGAAGUGAGCAAUUUGAAAUCGUUGUCAUCCUGGAAGGUAUUGUCGAAACAACAGGAAUGACAUGCCAAGCCAGAACCUCCUACACAGAAGAUGAAGUUCUCUGGGGACACAGGUUCCUCCCAGUGAUGUCUCUGGAAGACGGCUUUUUCCGGGUGGAUUAUUCUCAGUUUCAUGGAACAUUUGAAGUCCCAACUCCCCCGUACAGUGUGAAGGAGCAAGAAGAGAAGUUGGCUCUCCCGUCGCCUUUGAACACCCCCACUGGAAGCAACAGAAGCCGAAGGGACAAGCUCUCCUCCCUGGACUGCCUUGAUAUUUUCGAAGAGAAAGGCGGCAGGCUUCCCAGCAAACUCCAGAAAAUUUGUUCUGGGAAAGGAGAUCUCCACAGAGGAGUUCUCAGCCUGUGCUCCAGCAGCGUCGAGAAAGCCAGCAGCACGGGCGACCUCUUGAAAAUCCAACAGAUCAGUUCAGUCUGCAGCAUAGAGGACGGGGAGGAAAAGAUCCAGUCAACAGCCUUCAAAACCAAAUCGGAGUUGCUGGCAAGGUCUACCGGGAACCUUGAACUCCAACAGAGGCCUCAACCCCCGCGCACCUUGGGGGCAAGAUUAGAGGAUAAUUUGCCUGCCAAGCUGCGGAAAAUGAACUCUGGGCACCUGUUGUAAACACCAGCCGACCCACAAGCAGCCAUGAUUGCAUUUCAAUCUCCGGGUUAUUACUGUGAAGAGUAGGGAUGGUGGAACGUUGGGUUUCCAGUUGUGGUCGGACUACAACUCCAUGAUCUCUGGCAUCUCCACAUGCGACAGGACUUGUAAGACCCAUAGAAAGUAGGGGCCUGCCCCAUAUGGUGGGCUGUUCCCGAUCUCUAAUGAAGAAGGACUCGUAAAACCUAUGGAAGCACUGCUCCAUAUGAAGGGCUGUUCCUCAUCGCUACUGCAGAAGAUCCUGAGGCUCAUAUGUACACUACCAAUGUCAACCGAAUUUAAAUUAGAAUAAAAAGCAUAGCUUCAA